GCAGAUAAUUAAUAAACAAAAAUGGUUCCUGUAAAAACAACUAUUUUUCCCGCUUUAAAUGGAAACCUAAAUGUUGUACGAUCGUUGAAUUUUUUCAAAGAAUGGAUAAGUUAGAUCGGUUCAUUAAGUUAGCAAAAGCCGGAGAAGGUACAUACGGAGUCGUUUACAAAGCCAAAAAUAAACUAACGGGUAAAAAUGUAGCACUUAAGCGGAUUAAAUUAGAAAAAUUUUAUAAUAAAGGAGAUUCUGAGGGGGUUCCGCCGACUGCUAUAAGAGAAAUAAGUUUAUUAAAAGGUCUUAGACAUUCGUCUAUCGUUGAACUUUUAGAUGUUAUGCAAACAACCGAUAAAUUAUAUUUAGUUUUCGAAUAUUUAGAUCUGGAUUUAAAGAGGUAUCUCGAUAAAACAAAGAGACCUAUGGAAUCUGAGCUAGUUAGGAGCUACAUGAAACAAUUAAUCGAAGCUUUAGCUUACCUACACUCCCACAGGAUCCUCCAUAGGGAUUUGAAACCCCAAAAUUUGCUGGUGGAUAAAGAAGGUCAUAUUAAAUUAGCUGAUUUCGGUUUAUCGAGAUCAUUUUCACUUCCGACUCGAACGUAUACCCACGAAGUGGUUACUAUUUGGUACCGCGCUCCGGAAUUACUACUUGGGGCUAAAAUGUACUGUCCCGGAAUAGAUAUAUGGAGCUUGGGUUGUAUAAUGGCCGAAAUGUUGAAUAAGAAAGCCCUUUUCCCGGGUGAUUCCGAAAUCGAUCAACUGUACAAGAUUUUCAAAAUAAUGGGAACCCCAGUGGAGGAAACGUGGGAUGGGGUGUCUUUAUACCCGGAUUACAAACCUAGUUUCCCCAUUUGGAAAGCGGUUGAUUUAUGCGAUAUAAUAAGAUUCCAUAAUCAAGAAGAAGAAGAUUUUCUAUUGAAUAUGCUGGUUUACAAUCCUUCUAAAAGGAAAACCGCCAAGGAGUUGUUGAAAUUGAAUUAUUUGAAAGGUACUAAACUCACCGCACCCGAAAUGGGCGCUUUUCCCUCUGAUGACGAACAAUCAGAUUAAGAAAAAACGUUUUUUCACCACCAAAAGGUUUUUGAUAUAUUUUAUUCUAAAAACUUUUUGAAAUUGAUACAAUAUGAAUCGUAAUAAAGUCUCGGUCAUUGUAGUGUUGCCAAGUUGUUGAAAAAAGUAUGAAAAUUAUCAAAAAUUCGGUUCAUUAUUUUUUUUUUCUUGAUUUUUAAUUGAAAAUUGGAAAAACUUUAUUAAAAUCUCAUAAUUCAUAGAUUUGCUUGAAUUUUUAUUUAAAUUGACCUUUCAACAGCUAUUAUUGGAUUAAUUUUUGAUAGUUUUGUGCAGCUUAAUCCUUACUACAAAUCUUCUUCAUGUAAACGUGCCUUAAUUACAGACUAAUAAAUUGCAGUGUUGCUAAGUUGUUGAAAAAAGUAUCAGAAUUUGCUACAUAUAAAAAUUAGGUUUAUUAUUUUUUUUCUUCAUUUGUGAGUAAAAAUUGGAAAAACUUUAUUAAAAUCUCAUAGACUUGCCUGAAAUUUCUAUUCUAUAUUUACAUAAAUAAAUUACAGACCUUUUAACAGCUAUUAUUGGAUUAAUUUUUACUAGUUUUGUGCAGUUCGGUUGCUACUAAAUCUUUAUAGUGUAUUCAGGCCUUAACGAACAUUCUUGAGUUGCAAUUUGAUCAAUUUUUAAUGGUUUAGUGCAAUUUAAUCCCUAUCGUGUAUAUGCACCUUAACGAAUAUUUUCAACUGUUGAAUUGGAUUAUUUUAUGAAAAUUUUGUGCAGUUUAACCGUUCCUAUUAAUCUUUAUCGUGUAUUCGGGCCUUAACGAGCAUUCUCAAGUUGCUAUUGGAUUAAUUUUUAAUAGUUUUGUUGCCUUAAGCAUCAUAUCUGGAAUGUGAAUGAUUACGUCAUUUUCUGGAUCAAUAAUUUACCGCUUUGAUAAAAAAAAUUCUAAUUUGUUCGCAAGGCUAAAACUUUGUCGUGUGUUUCGGGCUUAACGAAUAUUCAUAAAUUCUUAUUAUUACAUUCAACUUAAAACAAACUGUUCGUGCAGUUUAAAUGAUACAUUUUUGUCGUGUGUAUCGGCCCUAAUAAUAUAUGCAAUUAUUUACACUUAAAUUUAUAUUAUAUCGAGGUAAUUGGACAAAAAACUUUAAUUUUUCCACUAAAUUAACUAUAGAUUUUCACUACCAGAUUUUAGUAGUAUAGAGACACACUGUAUAUUAAUAAUCAUAUUUUCGGGGUUAAUUUACAAUCUUGCAUGACUAUUUAUUUUUGUAUACUGAUUAAGAUUAAAACUAAAAAAAUCAAAA